AACACACUGGAGCUGGGCAGAAAAGGAACGACGGCAGUGAGAACUAGUGCAGUCGAAAUCACUAUGGAGGACAAUAUCUCUGAGGAUUUUCAAGAAACAUCAGUAUCAGCAACUAAACACAAUUUGUUGGAUACUCCACCAAAUAUAGAAGAAGAUGGAACUGGGGAACAGACUUCCAAGGAUGAAGAUGGCUUUCCUCUGGAUUCUUCUGUGGAUUUUGAGAUCCUAGAAUGGGAAGUGAAUGAGCCAGGAGAUAUGGAGGUUGACGGGGUAGAGAGAGGCUAUGUUGAUAGGGGAGAGAGAGGCUUCGUUGACAGCACACGGAUGUUCAUGCUGAGAAAGAACCUGGAUGAGCUGGACAGCUUUUACAAGCAGAAGGAGCUCAAUGUGCUAAAGGCCAGGGAGGAGCUUAAGGUCUGCCGCCUCCACCUGGCCGGGAUGGAGAGCGAGAGAGAUGCCUUAGAAAAGGACCUAGAGAGUGAGAAGCAGCUUGAGAACAGUGUGGCCCUGCCCCGCUUACGGGCCCGGCAUGAGCUCCUGUGCGUGGAGCUCCAAUCAGAGGAGCAGCUGGAGGCACAUCUAGUCAUGGUCUUGCAGGAGCAUGAGCUAGAGCUGUGUCAGGUGGAGGUGGAACUGGGCCGGUUCCUCAGCCUGCGCCGGGAGCUGGAGCAGAUGGAGAAGUGCUUCCAGGUGGAUAAACAGGAACAGCACAAUCAAAGAGUCCAGCGGGAGAAGGAUGUCGCCAGGGGAGCCCGACGCAAAGCACUACAUGCUAAAAAGGAACAGGAAAAGGCUCUGGGCGAGCAGGCGUUUCUUGACCAGAACAGACGCGCUCAGGCUAAAGCCGGCCAAAAGAAAGCAGUGUUCUUCCUCAAACAGACUCUCAACAGGAUGCGUCAGAAAGAAGCCGAAAGAGAGGCGAGGAGGAAGGAGCUGAUGAAGAGGAGGAUGGAGGCAGCAGCAUCGCUGAAGGCCAAUAUGGCAGCCAUUCAGGAAACCAUGCAUUUGAGACAGGCCAAAGAGAAGGCCCGCUUGCAGAAGCAGAGAGAGGAUGAGGAGCGUUGGAGGGAGUCGCUGUGUGAGGCUGGGUUAAACAGCACUAAACUCAUGUACCAGCGCAAAGCCCAGGAGUGCCUACGCAGGAAGCAAGAGGAACUCCAGGAGAUACAGAAAGCCAGGCGCGUGGAAAUUGUCUCCAAGCUGCUCCUGGAGGAGGAGCAGAAGGAGCGGCUGGAGAGAAGCCGAGCGCUCCUUUUCCCCUCAACGCUGCCACAUGCGGCCCAGGGCGCAGAUCUGAAACGACGGGAAAGGAGGCUGAUGAAGAGCCUGCUGACUCCAUCACCACCACCAGCAGAGAGAAAGGUAAUUCAGGAGGUGCGCCCAACCAGACGCCAUGCAUCUUCUUCUGCCAGCUCCAGAAUUGACAUCAGCUCCUCUUUGGACUCAGCGGCUGAGGAGAGAGGGGGCGAGCCCCAGCGCCUGGUCCAGCCUGAGUUCACUGGCCUCUGGGAGCGCAAGCACAGCGGUUACACAAACAUACCAGAUGAGGAUGAAGAUGGUCCUCUUAAAGCAUCUUCUUUGAAAUCCACAAAGAUGGGCCUGACUCAAAAUCUGGCCUCAAAACCAGCCAAAAUACCUACAGCUGGCAAAGAGCUGAAACAUCCACCAUUUGUCAGCAAACCAGAAAUUGUCCUCUUUAAGGACUUUGAUCUUGGAAGGACAUACAAGAAGAAGGUUGUUCUUACUAAUGUCUGCCACACCACUAACUACUGCAGAUUUCUGGGAGUUUCUCAGAACCUAUUCGAUUUCUUAUCAGUAAGUUUCAUGCCACCUGGACCCAUAUCUGCAGGAAUGUCAUGUGAACUGGAGGCUGUUUUUAGACCUUUGCUCAAUGAGGAUUUGGAUGGUCGCAUCCAGUUUCAAUCAGCUAACGGCCCUUUUUAUGUGAUUGUCAAGUGCAGAAGGAAAAGAUGUGAGAUGGUUGUUGAUAGUAGCCUCAUUGACUUUGGCACGCAUGUGGUCGGGCAGACAAUUUCACGGGUAAUCAGCCUGACCAACAGGGGGGCCUUGGGAACUUGCUAUGCACUAUCUUCCCUCUCAAGCGAUUGCCCUCAACUCCACCAUCUAUCCCAGCAUUCCUGCGUUAGCACACAUGUACCUGAUGAGAGCAGCAUUGGUGUUGUGAAUCUCACCCCAGAAGUUGUUCAACAAGAGCGAGAAGGCACAUCUCCUGCCAGCCGUGACAAGUCUUUAAGUUUUGAGGCGACAGGAGGUGACCAGGUUUCAGGAAACACCGGUUCAGAGGAGAGCAGGGUCACACUGGACGUCCAGGCCACUGAAAUCAGUAUCAGGGCAGCACUUGAGGGCGAGGUGGGCCCGUUUGCGAGCGUCAAACUGCCCGUGGUUUUCACACCGACCCUCCCCGGGGAAACCAGGCUGGAUGUCCGGAUCACCUUCUCUCAGUCGGACUGUCAGGCGAUGGUGGUGUCGGUCCGCGGCGUGGCUGAGAGCACUCCCGUGUGGGUCGCCGAGCCGAGCGUGGACCUGAGGAUCUGCGUCUAUGACCAUCUUUAUCAAGACAGCAUUGAAGUUCAAAGCAGAGCCAGCACAGCUCUUAGACUGACCUUCGAGGUGUGUAAGGAGCUGAAGAACCACAUGGACAUCCUGCCUAAGACCGGCUACAUCCAGGCCAAGUCGAAAUUCCAGGCCCAGCUCAAGUUUCUGCCCAGACGGAGCCUUCCAGGGGAUGCCAAGUCCUUUUUUGACCAGGACACUGGAGUCUUGGAAGUUCCUCUUGCUGUACAGGUGGCUGAUCAAGCAAAGCCAGUGUGGGUCACGGUCCACGCGGUUGUCACCACCUCUGAUCUGGAGUUCCACCACUCCGAGGUGGAUUUUGGCCACUGCUCUGUCUUCGAGUCUGUCAAGGCCAGCGUGCGACUCACCAACCGCUCCUUGCUGCCCCAGGACUUCGGCUUUGUGGGGGUCCCCAAGUUCAUUGAUGUGCAACCUAACGAUGGCUUUGGGACCCUGCUCCCACACCAGACGCUGGACAUUGAUCUGAUCUUCAGUGCUUCAAAGGCUGGUGAAUAUAACUUCCAGCUCACGUGCAAGUCUGGUACUAACAGAGACUUCCUGCUGGCUUGUCGCGCCGUUGGCGUGCGCCCUUCGCUGGAGCUCUCCGCUUCGCUGGUGCGCUUCAGGGCGACGGCGGUGGGAGAUCGCUCCGUGGCCGUUCUGUACGUGUCGAACACCCGCGCCAGCCGGAACGAGCUUUCUCGCAGGGGGCCAAGGGUCGGCGAGGGCCCUGCAGCUCCUGUGGUUCCUAGGCUGUUCUCAUUCACCCCACCAGAAAAUUCGGGCAUAACGGUGACCCCCGCCAGGGGGCACCUGCUGCCUGGCCAGAAGUGUCUGGUCCAGGUCACUUUCAGCCCGUCACUGUCUGACGACGCCAUCAGGACGGAGGCCAUGCGGCUCGCGCACCGUAACGCGGAGCGGCGCGCGCAGGUGCUCCAGAAAGCCGAAUCUGAGUCUGGCACUGGAAAAGAUGCGGAAGCAGAGAUACCGAUGAAAAAAGAACCGCUGCAAGACCCCAGGAAGGAGAAAAAACCCACCCUGAAUGGAGGCUCGGCCAGGCCGGCGGUGAAGGAGAGGCCCAGCAAGGCGUCCCUUGCCCCCCGGGGCGGUAGUCCCUUCCGGCCACCUGACCCGGAAGACGUCCUCGAGGGCUCUGACGACUACGCCCACGGCAGGGCCUCCCUCCUCCGCUCGUUCAAAGACCACGUCAGCCGCUACGUCGUGCCGUGCCACGUGUCUGAUGCGGACAUCGCGCAGCCGAAGGGGUCCGAGGUCCCCACGUGCAGCCCCUACAACACGCUCUACCUGGAACUGCACUGCCCAGCCAUCAGGCCCAAGCUGGUGGUGAUCUCUGACAGCGGGCGCACUACCGUCAACUUCAGCCAGGUGGCAGUAGGUCAGAAGGUUUUGAAGAAUGUGACGAUCCAGAACAUUUCAUCAGAGCUUGUGAAGCUGAAGUCUUCCUUGCUAGACCUGAACGGACCGUUCUCCGUGCUGAACGUCUUGAGAGCGGUGAGGCCUGGGGACACCCACACACUACUACUGGCCUUCAUGCCAGCCCUGGCCAAAAAAUACCGAGAGAACCUGGAGGUGAGCUGCAGCCAGACGGCCGUGGAGCUGACACUGUGCGGUGAGGGCGUGGCCCCGCUCGUCACCUGUUCGCUCGAGGGCCAGGUCACGAACUUCGGCCACGUGCUGGAGAGAGAGAGCGCCACCCAGUGGUUCACGCUGCAGAACUCCUCCUCUCUGCGUGUGCAGUUCAGGGUGGUUUUGGGCAGCUCACGCGAUCACAGCCCCAAACGCUCGUGCUACGCCUUCAUGUCCGCCAGCCCCGCGGGCACGCAGAACUACAACGGCCAACGCGUGUUCAGUGUGUCACCGACAGAGGGCGCCAUUGGCCCCGGAAAAACUCAGGACAUCGCCGUGACAUUCCAGCCAGACCACGAGAGUCGUCAUUACCAGGACACACUCCGAGUGCAACUCAUGAAUGAACAGACGGUGUGCGUGGUGGAGUUGCGGGGCGCAGCACGGAGGCACACCGUGUUUGUGUGCGGUGGGGAUGCAUUAGAUGUGUGUGCUGAAUCGCUCCUCCCUCGCCACAUAUAUAACACAGGGAUGGCAGCUCCUGCAGAGGUUGAGAAGCGGCCCACCCCGCUGUUGCUGACUCUGAGGAGUGUGUACUGUGAGGGCAGAAUGGCAACAGCAGUCCGGGAGUUAGAGGUGGGCUGCAUCCGUAGCACACAGCCCGCUGCUAAGAAGAACAUGGAGUUUUUUUGGGAGAACAUGGCUGCUUUACUGCAGCAGGGGUUCAGUGUGGAGCCCACCCGAGGAAGCGUGGACGCAGGCCACAAGCGCACCAUCACUAUCACCUGGACGCCCCCUUCUGGCCACACUCCCAACGAGGUGGUUCAGGUGUGUGCUCCGCUGACUUUGAAAGGAGAUGAGACUGAGGUCUACAGUGUCACACUCCUGGCCUGUGCAUCCCACCACACACACUCUGGGCAGAAAAGAGGAACCCCACCAUCACCAUUAUUUGCUACAGGACAGCAUUGCACCUCUUGGGACUUUAAAGCAUUUAAUACUUAGAACAAACAUUAGCAGGUGACUGGAAGAACUCUUGCAUACACCUCAUCAGCAUCAGGCAGCAAUAGUUUUCUUGUGUUUUGCGGAUGGGAGGAUUAAAUCAGUUGGAGGACGCUGGCCAUUUGACAGCAUUCAAGUGUAGAGUGUAUGCAAAGGACAUGGCCUGACCACGUCAUCUAUCAUGUCAUCAUAGCAUAGGGAAGUUGCCAUUACCAACAGUUGCUUUAAGAUUAAUAAUAUAAGAGCUGCACAGUUCAUACUAAGAAAACAGAUGUGUUUUUAUAACAAUGAAUUAACAAUAGCAAUAAAUUAGUUUUUACAUUGUCACAACAGUAAGCCGUAAUGAAUGUCCAUUUUUGUAUAGAUAGCGCAUAACUAUCAGUUGUGUGGUUGUUAUAAAACUUGAUUCAUUGAUUCUGAUUUGGUCUUUUAAGUUGAUUUCAUUGUUGUUACAUUGGUAAUUAACAUUUAUCUUCAUAAACGGUAAAGCGUUGUUAAUGCAAACCUUCCAGCAAAGUUGCAUGUUUGAUCUGACCACCAUCUGGAAUGAACGAUAUUAUUAUAGCAGUGUUAUGUUGUGGCUCCUGCAAGCUGCAUCUAAUAAUUAUGCAAUCAUCGGAAAAUAUGAACCACGUCAGGAGAGGUUUUCAUCGGGUUUCAUUAGGUCGUCUUUCUUCCUCGAGAAUCCCCAAAGUCGGGUUUUCAUGGCGAAAACAUGUAGAUAGAGAACAGGUUUCAGCACACUUGGCGUCCUCAUCUGCAAGUUGAGACCUAGUCCAGAGUAUGGACAGUACAGUUUGAGAGAUUUACAGUCAUUCUCAAUCCUCAAGGAAUUCCGAGGUGUCCAAAACAACUUUGGCACCCAUUCAUCCAUGAUUAUGCUUCCCUCUAAUAUGCCGUUUUAUUAACGUUGACUAGGUAAGAGUAUUUGCUACAAAGCUUUACCAUGGACAUUAGGAUAAAAUGGUCUAAUAUAUGUCCACUCCUAUUCCUGAAUUAUAUAGAAAUACACUUGCACUGUUAAACCACCAGCCUUUAACGAACUCUUAUGGAGUUAAUUUAAUCUGGAUAAGAUAAUUAAAAACCUCUGUUUAAGAAAUUGUUCAGGCCAGUGCAUUACUCAUUUUUGUAGAUGAAAGUAACAGUAUUUUGGACAUUUGUUGAAGGAAGGCAGGAAGCCGUUAUUUCCAGUUCCAAACAUAUAAUAAACAUUAUAAUAACUUAUUGUAGCCUCUAAAGCUCGUGUUGAGUUUAUCUUUGACAUUUAUCCUUCUCACUUGAACCAAAUGAAGUCAGUGAAGCACACUUACUAUAAGUUCAUCUAUGCACACGUCCAUAAAGACGGUUAGAUGCACAUGGGUUAUAGACUAGAAUAUAGAUGGAAUCUAUAGACUGCUUGGGAAGUUGUCGUCCAUAAACCUGCCAGUACAGAGAUCUGAUUGAAUGUCAAUAUGACAUGCUCUAGUUUGCCAGCAGAUAUCAGUAAUGCUGAAGCUCAGCCAAUAGGAACAGUCCAUUCAGAGAGAGCCAUGCGGUCAGCAUUUAUGACAGAUUGGAGGAGAUUACUCCAAAUCAGAUUACUGCAUCCCAAUCCUGCUAUAAAAAGCAACGUCAUUAUAAGAUUAUCAACAUAUAAUGUCAGAUUUUUUUUUUUUUUUAUGAACCUCAUCUCAUAAUUCUUAGGUGACAUUUGUGCUAUUUUGCUCCGUUUUUAAAGACUAAUCUAAUUUGGUCACUGAUAUUUUUUAAUGCCAUAUGAUACUGCUACUCUCCAGGCUGCAGAGAACCAUGCAGUCAAGCUUUGGAGAAAGCUCAUCUGCCAGACAGCUCUGCACAGCAGUGUCCUUACACAGCACAAAAACACACUUCUUCAUAGGUGCACCUAUUGUAUAGUUGUAGGGCCAACAAGCUAAACAAACUUUGUUUCAUUUCAAUCUGAACUUGAUCUUUGGAUGCACGCUUCGUCAAAGCCCCACAUUUGGUUUCAUUUGAUGAGAUUUCAGCUAAGUUUGAUUUCAUUUCAUGAGACUUCAGCCAAAUGCCUGCUGCAGUGUUGUGUAGUUUAUCCUUUGCUCCACCUGUUUAAAACAUGGAAAUGAAUUAUGAGCGCAAUAUGGCAGUACUUCCCAAGUCCACUUGGUGGACACAACUGCUUGGAGAAAGAGUAGCGCAUAACAAGCCAGAAAAAAUACAAAAUUCUGUCAUAAAUAUACUGUGUGCAUUUUAGCUUAACAAUUUCCAUUGCAUAUCCUUUGAGCAAGUGCACAUUGCUAGGGUGUGAUUUAAUAUAUAAAAUACAAGUGCACAAUGUUAGGGUGCAGUUUAAUAUAUAAUAUCCAAGUACU